GCUUCGCGCAACCUCAAUGUGGGACAGCCUACGCAGUGUCGCGUCAUAUUCUUCAGGACAGCGGAAGACGCCACACUUUUCCUCACCACGCUGUCGACAUCAGUACGACAGUAAACGUAGCUGAAGGACACGUUACGACAUGUCAGCGAGCAUGUUGGGUGUAUCAUUUCCCAACCCGGAUGCCCAUUUCGAUGACCUGUUCCAACCACACCAUGGGACCAGACAGAACCAUUGGCCAUUAGCGACUUCACACUCGAAAAUCGAUCCAUUCUCCUUUGGGCGAGUUGGGCAACCAUACACUGAAGACAUGUUCUCGCCAUACCAAAAAAAUUGGUAUCCUGUGUUCAGUUCUCCAGCGAUUGAAGACGAAGAGACACGGCACGGAUUUCUUUCCCAUAUCAGCGGUAGCGGCUGCGCAUUCAGCGGAGAACUGGCCCCAACAGUCUCCAAAUUUAGCGACACCAUUCAGCCAGGGAAUAUAGAUGGUGCAGUAGAACAAGUGCAUGUUAGUUCACUGGAUGGCGCUUCUGGAGUCAGUGAAAAUCAGUUGACUUCUUCAGUGCAGAAGCUUCAUGUCAGUACUCACAACCACCUUCCAGCUGCAGAGGUCACAUCUUCUUCUUUCAACUCAUUUGCCGAAUAUGGCCGCUAUUCAGUUCAUCCACUGGCGGCACAUCAACAAUCUAUGGAAUACGCGCCAGUAAGCACUAUGUCUGAUGAAUCUGAUACUCUGGAAAACGAGCAGCCGACUGACUUAUCUAUGCCAAAGAAUGCCCUGCAAAACGUAGACAGGGGAAGUACAGCAGAUGAAAAUUCAUGCCAGAAUGCUGAUGCAUUUCAAGACUCUUGUUAUGGACGCACUGAGUCUCCCAUUUGCCAACUAACCUACACACAUUUGUCAGAUGUAUCUAACGAUUCAGAGGAAGACUUGGAUGAAAACCUGAAAAAUCUGCAGACAUCUACACCCAGUUUUGCAAAGAAACGAUUUGAACAAUUAGUGCCACAUCAGCUUGCCCUACCAUGGAUAUCUAUGCAACCCAUAACUGAGAGAGCUAAUAUAUCCAUGUUUGAUCUUGUGGCCAGUUUUGCACAAAUGUUUAUGGACCCUUCAGCAAUUGUUUUAUAUAUUUGCUGGCUACUGCAGAAUCAAUUUUUGGACAUGAUUGAGUUGUCCCAUAAAGUUCCAAAACAGAAACAAAAAAUCAUCGAACUGAAAGAAGACAGCUUUUAUGUGCACAGUGAUGCAACAAGCAGUGCAGAAAAUAUGGCUGACGAACAUAUGCAGCCAGGAGGUGAGGAGUUUGAAGUGUUUCAUGUCAAUCCAGAUGAUGAUGAUGAUGAUGAUGAAAGUGGAGUGGGGAGUGAGCAGCUUCAUGUUCAAUCACUAACAGUGUGCUCACUGUCUAACCAGCAGCUCCUUGCUGAAGUACCCACAGAGGGACAAAGAGCAGAGCAGAAUACUCUGCCUCUCCAAAAGCCUAUAUCUCCCAUAUCAGCGCUUGCAGUGCCAUCAGUAUCACAUCUGGAGUCGAGCACAUUAUCUAUGGAUUCGAUCAUGUCACCUGAGAAAGAUACUAAGGCGCUCCUUUUUCUUUCCCAGCCAUCAUCGUCUGGAAAUUCCUGUGCCCAACAGAAUUACUAUUUCCCGCUCCCUAUGCUAAAAGAACAGUCCCAUUCUUCACGAGAUAAAGAUAUGAGGCAGAAUUUUACAGAUGCAUCAUCAACUCAGCUCCUAUUACCAGGCUCAACUACCAUAUCGGCGGCCCAGAAACGGCCAUAUAGGGAAACAGAGGCUAUGUGCGAAGCAGCCCAUUGCUCAGCUCCUAAACAGUUACGUCGCUCGCUGAGGCUUCAGUCUGUAGCUAAAGAAUCUACCUGCACCAGUGUGAAGAGAAACAUGCGGCCUCGGAAUCAUCAGGAUCGCCGCAGACCAAAGCCUGCAGAUGAGGAAGUACAGUGCAUGACACCAACAAGGCCACAGCAGUCGCCCAAUCUCGAAGCUGAAGCGAGAAAAUGCGCACCCGCCACAGGAAAGAGAAGCAGGGAGCCUUGGGACCAUAAGGGACUCUUGAGCUUCGUGGCUCAGAAUGCUUUCAAACUGCCACGUCAUGUUUGGACUGAACGGAAGGAGGGCGAGCCGAGAAAAAGUAUGCGCCUUGCAAAGAAAAUGCAAAGCAGAAGGUAUUUCCUCAGACCAAGAUUACAUACAAAGAGCUGAAGACUAAAAUAAGUAUCUGAUUCUGAACUAUCAUAUUGAGAAUACUUAUGACCUUACUCCAGAGUCCUGUUUGGAGGAAGAUAUCCAUAGGUGUGAUUUCUUUUUGUGCGUAAAAAUACACAAAAUGAUGUUUAGGGUGAAAGGAUACGUUUGUCACUGGUAUGUUUAAUAGUUGAUAAUGAUGUGUAAUCGAUCUCUCAUGAAAGAAUAUUCUAUUGUUGAUAAACUUGAUGGCAUUACGGUAUAGUUAUCAGUUUGCUAUGGAGUGCUGAAGUCAAAAUAUUAGUUGUGCUCCUUUUCUGGUGCCCCAAACCAGAACAAUCCUAUCAUCAAUGCUUGUUUUGGGAACAUUAAUUCUGUGAACAUUCUACUGACAAUUUGUCAAAGGACCAGAAUUUCACUUAUCAAGCUUUCCUCAAGCAAGAAUUGACUAUUGUCUUGUGAGAUGAUAAAUGCAGUGGACACCAAAGUGAACUUUUCAAAUGACAAUUAUUGAUGUAGUACUAAAGUAAUGUGUGGAAUAACAGCAGUUUUUCAUUUAAAACCAUAUUGAUAACAGAGAAGACCUAAUUUGCUGUAAAUAUGGCAUUACAAUAACAUUUAUACAAUAAUAUCUACUGCUUAAAAGUUCGUUUUAAUUCUUCCUUGCUAGUCAAUUACUAGUUGAAAAUACUUUGUAAACUAAAAAUAGGUGCAUAAUAGAAACGAUAUUGUUUGUAUGUUGUCUUCCUUAGGUAUGAAUCCACAAAAACGAAUUGAAUGUUGUAAAUAUGUUCAUUUAAAUGUCAAACACAUGAUUACAGACAUGAAAAGUUAUAUGUUACAUUUUAAGCAAUCUUCACGUGAUUUAAAGAAACAAAUAGAUACCCUUAUUGAAUGUCAUAAUAUUCUUGAUAUAGAUGCUAAAUACUUUAAAACAUUUUUUUGAAGAAACACAAAGAAAAAAGUUGUCCAAUUUUUAUUUUUAACCUGUAAAACUUUUUAGUGCCAAAGUUGGCAAAGCAUUAGAAAUUACUCAGUUUAUCCUUCCACCACAUUCUUUGUCCAUUUAAUAAAAAUAAAAGAGAAAGAUUGGAUCUAAUUUCAUGUUGACAUCGAGACAAUUACUAAAAUGCUUUUUCUGGUUGUAAAUCUGCAAGGAAGAAAUUUCUCAAGAGUCAUAUUGGAGGAACUGUUUCAAUAGUUACCUCUAGUGAAGUAGGGAAACAAUAAAACUUAAAUACAGGAUGUGAGGUGAGGGCUUGAACCUAAUUCCUGCUUAAUAUGAGUCAAGUGUAUGAAUAAUUUUGUCUUCUUGCUGUCAAUGACUGUGAUAUUUUAUUGUUUUUUCUCUUGUGUGUUACCAGAAGUAAUCUUGGAUAAUCUGAUCAAUAUUCUCUAUUUUAUUUGUUAUGAAUACUGGCAUGUUUUACUCCAGCUAUUAUUCCCAUUGUCAGCUUAACCCAAAGUGCCAGCCUUGCAGAGAUAAAAGCAGAUACUUCUGUAACCCUUAUAAAGAGUUACUGUACAACUGUACACAACUCAGAUGGUUCCUUUUAAUAUUCACUGGUUACUUGACUUGAUACAGAUGCUAAAAACUUUAAAACAUUUUUUUUGAAUAACCUGUAAAACUUUUUAGUGCCAAAGUUGGCAAACUUUUUUAACUGUGCUCUCAUCUCCAAAAGUCUUGCCAGCAAAAGAUAACAUUUCUGCACACGUUUAUUAGAACCUGUUUGCUCUUGGAUAAAUGAGUGAGUUGCAAAACUCGAUAAACCAUACUCGUUUUG